AUGGCUCCAGGCUCUCGCGUUCCUCCUCUCCUCCUGGCUGUGAUGGCUCUGGGACUGCAGUGGCCACAGGGAGCUGCCAGCUUCCCAGCCAUGCCCCUGUCCAACCUCUUUGCCAACGCUGUCCUGAGAGCUCAGCACCUUCACCUCCUGGCUGCUGAGACGUACAAAGAGUUCGAACGUACCUACAUUCCAGAGGACCAAAGGCACACCAACAAAAACUCCCAGGCAGCCUUCUGCUACUCGGAAACCAUCCCUGCACCCACGGGCAAGGAUGAUGCCCAGCAGAAAUCUGACAUGGAGCUGCUUCGUUUUUCCCUGGUUCUCAUCCAGUCCUGGCUGACCCCAGUGCAGUACCUGAGCAAGGUCUUCACCAACAACCUGGUGUUUGGCACCUCAGACAGAGUGUAUGAGAAACUAAAGGACCUGGAAGAAGGGAUCCUAGCUCUGAUGAGGGAGCUGGAGGACAGGAGCCCCCGGGGUCUGCAGCUCCUCAAGCCCACCUAUGACAAGUUUGACAUCCACCUGCGCAGCGAGGACGCCCUGCUGAAGAACUACAGCCUGCUCUCCUGCUUCAAGAAGGACCUGCACAAGGUGGAGACCUACCUGAAGGUGAUGAAGUGCCGGCGCUACGGGGAGGGCAACUGCACCGUGUGAGGCCGG